AUGGGCUCAAUAGGCACUCGGACUGGCGGCGUGGAGUAUCGCAUGUUUCGCCGCCGGCACGUCACCACCGACACAGUCGACCGGGCUUGGGUAACGCCCGCAGUCGGCAUGGCACUCGCCGAUGAGAUUCUCGGAGAACGCUCGGGAGCAACGGAUGCCCCCAAUGCUGUCACGCAUACAUGUCAAUUGCCAGCGAACUUGCCUUGCGAGGACGUCUUCUACGCAGCCGUCUUCCGAGAUCGCCGUCACAUGCACAAGGGCUGGGGCACCUGGGCUAUAUUUGACGGACAUGCAGGACCAUGGACGUCGGAAGUGGUCAGUGGCCUACUGCCAUUGUUCCUGGCUCCGCGCUUAGACGCCGCAGAGUACUUCAAGAGACGCUACAUUCCCAACGAUCCCAUUACGUCUAUCCGCGCUCGGGACGUGUACACGGCCUUGCAACAUCUCGUGCUUUUGGAGACUCUUAGAUAUAGACAAAACUCAAGCGCGGAUUCAUUCUCUGCAUCCGGCUCGAUGCCUUACUCGAUAUCUACUACAAUACUUGUAUAG